AUGGCACCAGGUCACUUGCACCAGUAUCAAAACUAUGAUUCGAUACCCUUGCUAGAGUACACUGAAGACCAAGUCUCCAUAAAAGAUUGGUGCAAACAAUAUUUCCAUUCCCCAGGUGAAAAAGCUGUCCAUUAUGCUCGUUCUCUAUUCCCAAUCCACAGAUGGAUCUUGCACUAUAAUCCAUCUUGGUUAUACGCUGAUGUUGUUGCUGGUGUCACGGUAGGUGUUGUCAUGGUGCCUCAAUCAAUGUCCUAUGCUCAAAUCGCUGGGUUAGAACCUCAAUAUGGGUUAUAUUCUGCCUUUGUUGGUGUCUUUAUCUAUUGUUUCUUUGCAACUUCAAAAGAUGUUUCUAUUGGUCCUGUUGCUGUUAUGUCUUUGGAAGUUUCAAAAGUUAUAACUAGAGUUCAAGAAAGAGAUCCUUCUUUACCUGGCCCUGUUAUUGCUACUGUCUUAUCUUUAAUUUGUGGUUGUAUUGCCAUUGGUUUAGGUUUAUUAAGAUUAGGUUUCAUAUUAGAAUUCAUUUCAAUGCCUGCUGUCUUGGGGUUCAUGACUGGUUCUGCUUUUAAUAUCAUCGCUGGUCAAGUCCCUGCCUUAAUGGGUUACAAUAAAAAAGUUAACACUAGAGCUUCAACUUAUAAAGUUAUCAUUAAUACUUUAAAACAUUUACCUGAUACUAAAUUGGAUGCUGCUUUUGGUUUAAUCCCAUUAUUUUUAUUAUAUCUUUGGAAAUAUAUUUGUAACGUUGGUCCAAAAAGAUAUCCAAAGGCAAGAUUAUGGUUUUUCUAUACUCAAGCUUUAAGAAAUGGUGUUAUCAUUGUUAUUUUCACUUUAAUCUCUUGGGGGAUCAUUAGACAUGAUAAAAAAUCUAAAAAAAUUUCAGUAUUGGGUACUGUUCCAUCAGGUUUACGUGAUGUUGGUUUAAUGGAAUUUCCUGAUGGUAUAAUGUCCUCAUUAGCUCCUGAAUUACCAGCUGCUACAAUUGUUUUAUUAUUGGAACAUAUCUCAAUCUCAAAAUCUUUUGGUCGUAUAAAUGAUUAUAAAAUUGUUCCAGAUCAAGAAUUAGUUGCUAUUGGUGCCACUAAUUUAAUUGGUACUUUUUUCAAUGCUUAUCCUGCUACUGGUUCUUUUUCAAGAUCUGCAUUAAAGGCUAAAUGUAAUGUUAAAACUCCAUUAGCUGGUAUUUAUACUGGUGCUUGUGUCUUGUUGGCUUUAUAUUGUUUAACUGAUGCCUUCUAUUAUAUCCCAAAGGCUACUUUAUCUGCUGUUAUUAUUCAUGCUGUUAGUGAUUUAAUUGCAAAUUAUAAAACUACUUUGAAUUUCUGGAGAAUUGCACCAAUUGAUGCUGGUAUCUUUUUAAUUGCUGUCAUUAUUACCGUUUUUUCAUCUAUUGAAACUGGUAUCUAUUUUGCAAUUUGUGCUUCUGUUGCUGUCUUAUUAUUUAAUGUUGCAUUCCCAAAUGGUGAAUUCCUUGGUAGAGUUAAAGUGGCUCAAGUUAUCAAUCCAGAUUUGAAAUCUGUUGAUGAUUUUUCAAAUGAUUCCAAUUUAGAAAUUGAUGAAUAUGCUAAUUUAGAUUCCAAAAAUAAAUUAGAUUUCAUCAAAUCCAAAACAAGAUCAACUUCUAAUAAUAACAAUAAUAAUAACAAUUUGAAUUUCAUCACUAAAUGGGUCCCAUUAAACAAAAAAAAUCUAAAUAAAGAUAUUGAUGUGCUACCACCUCCAAAAGGUAUCAUUGUUUUUAGACCUUCAGAAUCUUGGACUUAUUUGAAUUGUUCAUAUCAAUUUGAUAAAAUCUUGGAAGAAGUUAAAUCUAAAACAAGAAAGGGUAAAAUUAAUACUUCAAUGAAAAAUAUUGAUAAACCAUGGAAUGAUCCUGGCCCUCUAAGAUUCUUCUGGUCUAAAAAACCAAUUGUUUCAAGCCAUGAAGAUGAUAAUAGACCAAUUUUACAAAUUUUGGUUUUUGAUUUCAGUUCAGUUAAUCAAAUUGAUGCAACUGGUGUUCAAGCUUUAGUGGAUUUAAGAAAAGCUAUUAAUAAAUAUGCUGAUCGUGAAGUUGAAUUUCAUUUUGCUGGUAUUCUAAGUCCUUGGAUUAAAAAAGCUUUAAUAAGUGCUCAAUUUGGUAUUGAAAGAAAUGAUGCUAAAGUUAAUAAUAAUUUUGUGGAUAUUGUUCAAGAUGAAGAAGCUGUUUAUGGUUAUAAUGCUGCUGUCACCACUGAUACUCCUUAUUUCCAUUUGGAUUUACCUUCAUUUGAUAAUUAUGAAGAUUAG